CGACGACCCGACUGGAAGAAACUCGAAACGUGUGGCUUAUUUCUUUUGGUUUGUCUUGUGGCCGUUUUCGCGUGUUUCGACGUUACACUUCAACUGCCAACUAAUUACCUUAUACCUUAGCUACCCAUACAUACAAUCAUACAAUUGCUCCCCCGUCUUGGACCUCACCCUUAUUCCUCGUCGCGAUGGCGACCGAAUUCAUCGACGUCCCCGACUCGACCGACUGGCUCUCAACGCCCCUAUCCGGUCUCGCCGUCGUCGAAGCAUCCCUUCGCUGCCAAGUCUGCAAAGACUUCUACCGGACGCCCAUGCUGACCUCGUGCUGCCACACCUUCUGCUCUCUCUGCAUCCGCCAUGCCCUCGCCAACGACGGCCGCUGCCCGCUCUGCCGCUCCGCCGACCAGGAGUCGAAGCUGCGCAACAACUGGUCCAUGGACGAGGUGGUCGAGUCUUUCGCCAAGACACGCAAAGCUAUUCUCGACUUUGCGCGGGCCCGUCCGUCACCGGAUGGGAAAUCGUCUCCGAAGCGGAAAAUGGCCGAUCGGGAGGGCGAUGUUGUUGUCGUCGUUGAAGAGCCUGCGACCAAGAGGCGGAGGCUGCGGAGCUCUGCCAGGCUAAGCAGCGCCAAGGCUAGGGAUACCCUGGAGGCUGUGCCGUCGUCGGUGGAAGAAAUACUUAUUCGCGAUUCGGAUGAUGAGGUCGAGGGCGAGGAGGAUGAGGAUGAGGAUGAACAGGACGAUGCCUAUGAACCAGAACCCGACGACGGCCUUGUCCCCUGCCCCAUAUGCCAAGCCCGCAUGAAGCAAUGGCAAGUCUUCAAACACCUCGACACCUGCACGGGACCACCCGACCGUACCUCCUCCACCAGCAGAAGCAGACCCAACGGCCAAAUGAGCAGCCAUAACAACACCCACAUCUCCGCCGCCCUCCUCUCCACACGCCAACCACCACCACCAACCAAACGGCCCGAGCGCCUCCCGGCCCUGAACUACUCGAUCCUCAAAGAUCAAGCGCUGCGCAAGAAGAUGGCCGAGCUGGGCCUCUCCACCACGGGGUCCCGCCAGCUCCUCGAGCGGCGCCACAAGGAAUGGAUCACCCUCUGGAACGCCAACUGCGACUCGUCGCGCCCCAAGCGCCGUGCCGAGCUCCUGCACGACCUCGACGUCUGGGAGCGCACCCAGGGCGGCAAGGCGGCGGCGGCGGCGGCGACGUUUGGCGGCAACGGCGGCGCGAGGGCCGUGGCGGUGAGGGACAAGGACUUUGACGCCGCGGCGUGGGCGAGCAAGCACGAUACCAGCUUUCGGGACUUGGUCGCCAAUGCGAGGAGGAGUAGGGACGCGGUGGACGUGAAGCAGGACAGGGAGGAAGAAAAGAACAAGGGCCGCGAAAAGGAAGAAGAAGAAGAAAAAGAAAAAGAAGAAGAAAAAGCUGGACAGAAAGUUGUUGCCAUGGUUGCGGGCGAUGCUAGCGAACCUAGUCCGUCAGGGGAGCGAAAAGAGGCCUCUCUAAGUGGUCCAAAGACUGAGGGCGUCUGGCCACCGUCAACGCCACCACCGCCAUCAACGCCGUCGCCCAAACCCAACGUUCCCUUGCAGGGUGGCGCUCAAAAGACAUUGCCUCCUCUAACAGGAGAAACGAGCAGUCGGGAAAUGCAGAAUCAGACAGGGGCAUAGGGCACGACAACUUGAGGUUGGAAAUUCAGGCUCACAGCAUUAUUUCAUUCAUGGCAUGGCAUGCGUGCGUGCGUGCGGGGGACAACCAGUCCAAUUUCAGUGGGAUGUUGGCUACAAACGGGUUUUGGGGUUAGGCUAGAAGUUCUAGUUGGAUGACGGCAUAGCAUUUGCCCAUGUAUGAAGCCCUUGUUGGAUAUAUAUAUAUAAAGGGAGAAAGAGCAAAUAUACCCCCCAUGC